CGCGGCGCGGCAUCUGAGCGGCUUUUUGUGCGCGCGUGCCAGUCUAUCCCUCGCUGCUCGUGGUCGUGCGCCGGCUGCUGCGGCCAUCAUGCUGUGCUGUGCGGCCCUCGGCAUCGCCGCACUGGGCGUCGCCGCCCUCGCUGCUGUCGCCUACUGGUUUCGCUACUACACCGAUGCCUGCUGGAGUCUCAUCUUUGCCGAGCACUUCGGCACCUCGCCGGCAACCCUCAGGCGCCAGGUAGCGUGGAUCACCGGUGCCGGAAGCGGCCUGGGCCGUGCGACGGCACUCGAACUCGCCUCUCAUGGCGUUAAAGUUGUUCUCUCCGACGUCGACGAGCAGGCCGUCGAAGACGUCAAGUACACGCUCGUAGCGCAGGAGCUUCUGAGCGAAAGAGACGUGCUGGUCCUUUCCAUGGACGUGACCAAGUUCGACGAGCACCCCAAGCUCUUCGAGAAGGUGCUCGAGAGGUUCGGCCGCCUCGACAUCCUCGUCAACUGCGCGGGUCGUUCCCAGUCCGCCCGGUUCCAGGACAUCAGCAUGGAGGUCCACAAGGCCAUGUUUGAGCUGAACGUGUUCAGCCACGUGCACCUGACUCAGACAGUGAUUCCACACUGGCUAGAGCGGAGGAGCGGUCACGUGGUCGUCAUCACCAGCGUCGCCUCCAAGAUCGCGCUACCCGACUCGGCCACAUACAACGCGACCAAGGCGGCUUUGCACGGUUACUUCGAAGGCCUGUGGUCCGAGGUGUUCGACAAGGGAAUCAACGUAACUCUGGUCUGUCCUGGACCCGUGGCCACGCCCAUCCGCCAGAAGUGCUUUAGCGACGUGCUGGGAAAGACCGAGAGCUUCAAACCGGCGCCGGCGGGCAAGAGCAACAAGAUGGCGCCCAGCCGUGCCGCGCAGCUCAUCGUGCUCGCGGUGGCCAACAAGCUCGACGAGAUCUGGUUCGGCCCGCAGCCGUUUGUCGUGUACGCCUACCUGGCCCAGUACUUCCCCACAAUAUUCAGGAGGCGCGUCGUUCCGUCGAUCUACCAGAAGGACCACAUUGCGAAGUUGCGCGAUGGCUGAGCCAUGGGACUUUGUUAAUGUUUUCAAUCUGUGUCAAUCAUUCCAUUCGCCAAAGAGAAUGCGGAUGGUUUAGAACCCGCCUCCAGAGCACCUUGAUAAGAGUUCACCGCGCGUAAUUAACGUUGUGUAAAUAAAGAAUAGCUUGCGUAAGAAAGCUACAAGUAAUCAA